CGAGUUUACUGUCGAAAUUUGUCACUCAACUUACAAUCGUGCAUGUAAAAUGGCUGAUGGUUCGGAGGAACUUCUCAUCAUUGAUACAGACGGUGGAACAGAUGACUGUCACGGUAUACUCAUUGCUGCUGCCGCAGCGCAUGUCGAGGUUUUGGCCAUUACGUGUGUCGUAGGAAACGUGGAUGUUGAUCAAGUCGCUCAGAAUGUUCUAAUCACGGUCAACACUUCAGACAAACUUCGGAAAGCAAAGUGUCCCAUUUACCUGGGUGCCGCUCGACCACUGGCUGGUUUCCCCAUUCAUCGUUUCAAUGUGCAUGGAGAGGAUGGCUUAGGUAACACCAAGCGAUUGGAUGACCCACAACAUGAAUUCCUGAAAGAUGAAGCCGCCUGUUUGGCACUAGUGAAGCUAGUCAACCAAUAUCCCGGCCAGAUAAGCAUCGCUGCCAUUGGACCCCUAACCAACCUCGCACUGGCCACGAGGAUAGAUCCAAACUUUUCAUCCAAGAUCAAAAAACUUAUCAUCAUGGGUGGAGACUCGGAAGGACGAGGGAACAUUACCCCAUGUGCUGAGUUCAACUUUUGUGCCGACCCUGAAGCAGCCAAAGUGGUGCUACAUGAGUUCACCUGCCGAAAGAUACUCGUAUCUUGGGAACUCACAAUGAAAUAUGCCUGGAAUAUUGAUUGGAUGCACAAACAACUGUUUUUAGAGGACUGUAGAGUUGGCCGAUUUCUCAGAGAAACCCAUGAGCAUAUUCUAGAAGUUUGCAAAAAUGAUCCUGCCAUGUGUACUGGAGGAUUGGUAGGUUUGUUUCCAGCCUGUGAUCAGCUUGCUGUAGCACUGACCAUUAGACCGGAAUUGAUCACCAAGUUUGACCACUUCCGCUGUUCAGUAGAGACAUCGGGUGUGUCUAGCAGAGGUCACUUGGUCAUAGAUAGAGGCUCUGUUGACCAAUCAUUGAAGGGAGUCACACCCACAGACAUUAUAACUGAAGUUGACUUUGAGAAAUUCAAAGAGGUCAGUCUACUUUCACUUGAAGCAUGAUGUUUUAGGUAUGUAUUGUAUGUAGACAUAUGGCUGUAUUUCAUUCAAAACUUGGAUUAAAGGUAAGGGAAUAUAGUAAUAGCAAACAUUUAUUUCAUGGAACGUCCGUAAAAUCAAGGUUAAUUGUAUAUCAUGGUGGAUCUCAAUCUGGUAUAUUGUAUGCAAACCUAACUGUGUAAUCAUGAAACCUAUACUGAAACGUUACCACACUGGAGAUCCCAAACACAGAUAAGCACAUGUGGGGCAGUGCAUUGUUGUUGCUUGGAAAAGUACCCAGCAUUUGGGUGGAAUACCAUGCUUUUGUUGUUGAUUUCUCAGCAAUGACACAUUAAGCUUUACCAGAAUCAUUUGGUAAAUCAAUUUUCUGUACAUGUAAACACUGUGGUGGUCGUUUAAUUUGAUUCUGUUCAAACUCAGUGUAGAUAAAUUUUACUAAGUAUUUUGAUCAGCUAAGAGAUUCACCUAUUUCAGUUCAAUAGUGAGCAUCUUAUUGAAGUAAUCCAAAACGUACAUAAGCCAAAUUUCUUAUGGAGAAGCAUUGUGAUGUCAAAUAGUUGUUG